GGUGCCCGGACGCCUAUGCGGUGCGUGUGCGCGCGUGGUCCGUGAAAGACCGCGGAUCGAAGCCCGCGACGUUCUGCUUUUGGGGGAGGGGGGCCUCGGCACAGUUUCGCUGUGCGGUGAUCGUGGUGGGAGUUGCCGACGGCCUGCGCUAGAAGGAGUGCCUACACGGUGUGGACCCGGCGGCAGCCGCGUCCAUGGAGGCAACGUGCCAGCCAUGGAGUUGUGUGUCGCGAGCCCCGCCUGUGCCACUUGCGUCGGCAGCAACCAGCGCGGUGUCCGACGACGUCGCUGGGUCAUCCUGUUCCUACUCCUGGUCGUUGCCGUGUCAGGUGUGCUGGGUGUCGUGGUCACCGAAGUACGGCUCCUGUCGGACAGCAACAAGACGCAGUACGUGCUUCAGGGCGAGGGUGCCACGCUGCUCUGCUUCUUCGUGCUGUCGCCCGGCGAAGACCUGCGCCGCGUCCUCUGGUUCAAGGACGGCGCCGAGGUGUACGUGUGGCGCAAGGGGCGCCGUCCGCUGGCGCGCAACCUGUUCGACAAGCGAGUCGACCUGAGCAACCGCUCGCCUUCUUUCAUCUCCAUCCUUAGCGCACACAUGUCGAUGCAGGGAAACUACACGUGCAAAGUAGAGACGGACCUGGGUACCUCGCAGAACGAUUUCUUUCUCACCGUCAUUGUAGAUUCGUGCAAGGAAGACAGCUGGACUACGUUCUCGGACCGCGUGUCGUGCACGGAGACGGUGGAGCUGGACUGCGGCGGCAUGUUCCCCAAACCGUCGCCAGCGUGCGGGGUGUACAACGACCAGACGGGCGUGUACCUGAAUACGGUGCCGUUCGACCGCGUUGAGCCGGCGGCCAACUCCACGUACGAGGUGCGGCUGCACCGAGUCUUCCAGGUGCGAGACUGGCUCACCUUCCGCAACCUGACCUUCCGCUGCCACAUCAUCGUCCUCGGCACCGACUGGCGAUCCGGCAUCUCGCACAAGCUAUUCGGAGACGCUGGAUGCCCGCCAGAGCCUCCGGAGAUCGUGAACGGCUACUACAACGUGAGUGGAGAGGAUACGUGCUGGCGCACUCCGUCCGAGGGAUCCGUGACGCGCUACUACUGCCUCGAAGGGUUCCAACUGCGGGGUCCUCGGGAGCUGGUGUGCCGCAACGGCUCCUGGGUCGUGCCGAGCCCGUCGCUGACGUCCUCAGGGCCGCAGCAGGCUCCCCAAGCGGGAAGGCAAUUCAAGAACAUAAUCUGCGAAAUCAACGGCCAAGCCAAAGUAGGAUGGAACACAUUGCUCACUGCCAUCAUGACAACACUGCCUGUGCUGAUGAGUCUCUACUUCACGCCCUGCUCGACGUAGCACCAUCUGUGGCUAUUUCUUUGCCGUCACGGCGAAAGGAGUAGCGUUCAAAAGCUGCUCGAAUGCACGGCCGCACGAAACCGGAGUAGAGGGAUGCGCCUCGGACGUGUCGGCUCCUGGUGCAGCUCGAAAGAAGCCCGUUUCCAAGCGCUUGUUCCUUUCCAAGGAACGUCGCCAGCGUGCAGAUUAUGUGCACCGUGCCCACUUGUUGUGUGCGCUUAUAUAUAAGAGUUUGCCCUAGCGGACACCACGAAAGAUGACUCACCUGUGAACUUCUUCCAGCUUCGUUGCUGGGACUGCAUACUGUGCUUCUGUUUGUGUGAGAGAGAUGCGGAGCGGAUAGCUGCGCAUUUCUAUGAGCGGUUACAUUGAAAUGGUGAUGGUAAAUUGGUAAUUAACUGCACAAUCGGUUUUGAAACAAGUUCGAAAGGGCCUUGGAACGCAAUUAGUUGGUGCCGAAAUUUCUCUGUGCUCAGGCUUUCCGUGAUUAAAUUAGAAAGCUUUAAAGGAGAGCAAUCAGAGUCCGUCGGUUCGGAAAGAGGAUUUCGUAGUUUGAAAUGUGAGGCGUUGAAAGCACAAUCACGCCGUUUCUCUUGUCAUUUUAUUUUUUUUUUUAGGCUUAACGUUUCAAAGCAUUAAACAUGGGAGAGAAGUUCUAUAUAUAGCUGGAGCGUAUACCGGAAUGGAGCGCGCAUGCGCAAUCGAGUGUGUCAUCUCGGUUGAGAAGAACAGCCGUGACCUCCCCUGCACGUACUGCAUUUAUCUUCUCAUAUAAUUCUUUCGUUAGCGGCGUAAUCAUCAAGAAGUAACUAUUCAUUUUUAAAGAGAUAAUCGCGGCAUCGCAAGAAUGCCGCUAACGCGCAUCAUACUUCAUCCUAGCGCCGCAAAACGUCGCCACAAUCGCUAUCAAUUCCUCUGUGUACCCUUCCCUGGGUAGUCAUCCCGCUAUAGGUUGGCCUUCUAGUAGCGUCUCCGUUUUAUUGCAUGCCUGCUAUAUAUGGUAUGUGGGCGGUCAUGCUGCAGCGCGUGCAUUUCUGGCCGUGCUAUUUGGCUAGCUAUUUAUCUUUAUUUGUUUUCUUUUACUUUUUCAACAAUAGCGCGGGAAUUUGACAUGAAAUAAGAGUAGUUGGGACUCAGACGUGAUACGAUCAACACACUGCAACGGCUCCCUCGUCUCGACUUGUACGUCAAGAGCAGUGAUCCAGUUAAGCAACACAGGCUGGACGCUAAACACCUAGGACGCGAGAUGCGCCUUCAAGAAUACUUAACCCGUGCUACUCGAACCAAAAAGACAGAUGUAAUGUGGAGCUUCGAUCGCGUUUGCCACAAACUCUGAAUGUCACUAAAUCAUGAUGCGGUAUUACGACGCUUCUAAAAUGAUAAGCGCCUUUCUUCGCAUAAAUUCAGUGAAAAUUCUUUGUUAGGACAAGAUUUCAGUAAAGUGCACCCUCACGGUAUAAGCAU